GUAAAAGUCGGUACAGUGUUUAUUUGUUCCGUCGCAAAAUCAUGGCAAAGCAUUAGCGCUGGGUAUAUGUUACUCGCCGGUUAAGAUGUUUUCGUCUCCUGCGAGUCUCCAUGAGUCCAAGGAAAAUGAUUCGCGGCGGAAGAAACUACAUUACUUCCGUCCCUGCAUUCUCAAACGACGCAAAGAAGCUUCUUUUAUGCACAGCCAACUCCGUCUCCGUUUUCAGCGUAGCCACUGGCUUACAGAUUACUUCACUCGAGGGUCAUACAGCACCCGUGACGACUGUGAUUGUUGAUUCGGCGUGCGAUGAAACCUCAACUUACUGUUGGACGGCGUCGCUCGACGGGAAAAUUCGGAGUUGGGAAUUCUCGACGCCGAAGCUUUUGAGGACCUUUCAUACUCACCUUCCGAUUUACUCUCUGGUGAUGAUUCCAUUUCACUUGUCACGUGAAUUGAUUUUUUACGUUUCGGUUGAGGACUGCUCAAGUGUGUCCAGAGAUUUGUUUGGACAAAUCCGGAGAUAUAAUCUCUCUUCUGAAGAGUCUCUUCUUAGUGGAGACACAUUGAAAGAGAUGGAAGAGCCAAAACCAAUUGUUAUGAGUCCCUCUGGAGAGUUUUUCGGCGUCUGUCACAAUUGCAAAAUACAUAUAUGGAAUGCCACUUUGGGCGAAACAGAGCAUGUCAUGGCAAAAGAGAUGACAUUACAUCACACAGAGUUGAUUACUGUUUUUGCAUUCCAUCCCAAUAAAAGAAUGCUAGCAGCUGGUGAUGCAACAGGAAGAGUGUUGAUUUGGAAGGAAAUUGGUAAUGCUGAUGAAUCUUGCACCACUUUCAACUGGCACUCCACUGAAGUAACUGUCGUCAAUUUCUCUUCAGAUGGAGCAUUUUUGUAUUCAGGGGGAAAGGAAGGGGUUCUUGUUGUUUGGGAGCUAGAUACAGGGAAGAAGCAACUCUUGCCAAAGAUAGAGUCUCCCUUGUUGUUUUUCAUCUUCUCUUCAGAUCCAACUCUUUCUUCUGCGAUUUGUGCAGAUAAUCAGAUUCAUCUUCUUAAAAUGCCUUCAAUGGAGAUAUUGAGAACGAUUUCUGGAAUCAAGCCUCGGGCAUCAGAACCUAUGAUGUUUACAUGCGACGACAGAUCGAUGCACAUACGUCUCAUCAGAACUGUGUCCAUUGAUCGUUCUUCCGGUAUAGCUGCUUUCUCCACAGCGAAUCAUCGUGUUCAACUCUACAACCUUUUAAAUGAUCAUGAGAUUUCAGAGGUUCAAGUUUGCGAGAGAAACCAUCAACCAGAUGCUGAUGGAGUCCGGGUUCUCGUGACAGCGGUUGCUCUCUCCCGGAAUGGUUCAGUGAUGGCUACGGCUGAGGCCAGAUUUGCUGCAGGGAGUCUCAGUAGAGGCUUAGUUACUCUCAAGUUUUGGGUGUUUGUACCAGACAACAAAACUUUCAGCUUAUCAACAGUCAUAAGUCAACCUCACAGGGAAGCUGCUAUAACAGCCAUUGUCCUUAACCCCGCCCGUUCCAUGGCUGUUAGUAUAUCUUCUGCUGGGGACUUCAAGAUUUGGGUUUGCAAUAGCGACAAGAAUCUGACACCUGAGGAUUCAAACUGGAUAUGUCAUGGGGUUGGCUCUUAUAAGAAAAAGCCGAUAACAGCUGCCGCUUUUUCCGGGGAUGGUUCUUGUCUGGCUCUUGCGGCUACAACAGUUCUUACGAUUUGGAACCCGUUACAGAACAAACUCUUGUAUGUAUUUGGAAAGUCUCAUACGCCAAUUACGGCAAUCUCAUUCGCUGGAGGUUUCCUUGUUGCUGCAUCUCAUUUUCCUGAUUCCAACCCUCACUUAUCUGUCUGGGAUUUGAUGACGUUUGGUUUAUCAUGGUCGUAUAGAUUAUCCAUAGAAGCCAUUGCCACUCAAUCGGAGAUGUUGUCACCAUACUUUGCAGUUUUAGCAGAAUUUCUAGGAUCUCAUAGGUCAGCAAAAUCUAAUGAACAGAUCUUUCGCGGGAAAGAUGGAGCUAUCCUUUUGUUUGAUGGGUCAGGCCCUAAACCGGUAGCUAUUUGGACCGUUAUGAAGGCCCAUGGAGGAUCGCUUUCAUUUGUGGAAGACAGUAAAAAGUCUCAGACACUUCUCGCGUAUGUAAAUGGGAGGCAUGAAUAUGUUCUUUUCGAUCCUUUUAGCGAUGAAACACUCGAGACCAGUGCCAAGGAUUAUGAGGUUCUUCUCGCGGCAAUAAGCGAGAAAAGUAAGAGAUCACGUAAGAAAACAUUGUUGGCGAUGUUAGAGAGACCUUUUGAAACAAUGUUUUGCGGAUCAACACUCAAUAUCCCGCCUUUCCCCGACGUGUGCGCUGAUUUCUUUGCUUCCCGGAUGCGGAAAAAUAUAUGUGAGAGUGUAGAGAUGCAACCUGAAAGCCAUAGCCCUUGAGAGAGAUCUCUACAUUAAUUUUUGUAGCUUUUGUAAGAGAUCCGAUAUUGGAUUACUUACUUACGGUUUCGAUAUGGAAUCAGAAUGCUGGAGUUUUUGAUCUUUAGAAACUGCAAUUGAGAUACUCUUGUAAGUCUCUAAGUGU